AUGCUGCGUGCCCUGCUGCUGCUGGGGGGCCUGGCCCCCGCCCUGCCCGCCGGUCCCCACUGGGCGUACGAGGGAUCAGCUUUGUCCCCGCUCCCCCGGCCGGAAAAAAAUGUCCCUAGAAGAUUAACGAGCUUUGGGUUGGGAAUGUCACCCGUGUCCUGGUUUGGGGGGAAAGGAGGCCAUUUAAGGUCACGGAGCCACGCUGGGUCCCCAAGGUGGAGGGCAGGGGGAGCCCACCUGGACACCUGGGUCCCCCCAGGUCCCCACGGGCAGCAGCACUGGCCCGAGGGCCACCCGGCGUGCGGGGGCCGAGCCCAGUCGCCCAUCGAUAUCCGGAGGCAGCGGGUACAGCUGGACCCUUCGCUGCCGCCCAUCCGCCCCGUGGGCUACCAGCGCCCCGGGACACCGGCCUUCACCCUCGCCAACAACGGCCACACCGCGGUGCUGGUGCUGCCGCCCUCCCUGCGGCUCCAGGGGUUGCCCGGGGGCUUCGCCGCCGCUCAGCUCCAUUUCCACUGGGGCCGGCCCGGCCACACCGGCGGCGCUGAGCACCUCCUGGACGGGCACCGCGCCCCCGCCGAGAUGCACGUGGUGCACUUCGAUGCGGCGCGUUACGCCAACGCCAGCGAGGCACAGCACCACGCCGGCGGGCUGGCCGUGCUCGGCAUCCUGCUGGAGGUGGGUGCUGACCCCCACCCCGCCUACGACCACAUCCUGAGCCACCUCGGGAGCAUCCGCUACGCCGGGCAGACGACGGCCAUCCCCUCCUUCAGCGUGCAGGACCUGCUGCCCCCACGCCUGGACCUCUUCUACCGCUACAACGGGUCCCUCACCACCCCCCCCUGCUUCCAGGGCGUCCUCUGGACCCUCUUCCAGCAGCCCGUCCGCAUCAGCCUGGCCCAGCUGGAGCAGCUCCAGGGAACCCUUUACGCCACGGAGGCGGACGAGCCCGAGCCCCAGCCCCUGGUGGAUAAUUUUCGGGUGCCGCAGGAGCUCAACCAGCGGCCGGUGCUGUCGUCCUUCCCCACCGGGACUGAGGGGUAUUCGACAGGUGAAAUCGUCGCCAUCAUCUUCGGCACCGUUGCCGGCUGCCUCGGCCUCUUCCUCACCAUCCACUUUGUGGCCAAGAGGACGCGAGCCAGGAGGGCGCAGGACCACGACGUCGUGUUCAAAGCCUCCUCCCGCCGUGGCCCCUCGGACGCCGGCCCCCGACCUUGAACAUCCCCCGGACCUGGCUGUGAGGGACCCCCGCUGCCCCCCACCCACGCCAGA